AUGCCUUUAACGCGCUUACACAUUGACCUGUGGGCUCCGGUGGCGUUUAUCUUGGCCACCGCGGUGCGCUACCGAAGCUGCCAAAACGAUUUCUCGGCUCCAGUUAUUUUCGUGUUUGUGCAGAGUGUACAACGACAGAGCGCCCGAGGCCAGGUGCCGCUGCGCUCCUGGCAGGAGGUGAGUGCGGCCCCGCGCCCCUGCAUGUCUGUCAUGCUGGACUGCCUCUGUCCCCAUCAGGAGGGCAAGGGCGCGGCGAGAGUAAGGCAAGGCGCACAGUGGGACCUCAUAAAUCAAGCGGACUGCACAAACUCACCGGCCGACGCAGGUGGUGGGUUCGCGUGCGUAUUAUUCAUUCUGUUCAUUGAAAUGCCCAAGUGGCGGCCCAUUCACCGCUUCCCAGUAAUGCUGACCGCGGAGGGUUCUCUAUUCUCUGGA